AUUAAUAAUUAUUAAAGUGUUCCUGGUAUUACAAUUUGAAAAUCUAUCUUUUCGCUAUAUUGGUUUUUAAAUAAGUGUCAAGGUGACGAUUGCUAUUUUUAAUAAGCUUUAGUUUACUAACACGCAUAAAUAAAAUGAAUUUCUUAGAUAAUUUUGACCCGGAGACAUCAGCCCGCGAAAGGCGUAAGCUGAAUCGGAAAAGUUAUUUUAUGAACCGAAAAAGUAAGAAUAUAUACAAUGAACGUGGGCAAAUAGCAGCAACAGGAAAAGAUUUGUGUGAUUGUUUAGAUGAAACUUGCCCAGGAUGUCACUUUCCUUGCGCUAAGUGUCAUUCUAACAAAUGCGGGCAUGAAUGCAGAGUCAAUAGAAAAUGGAUGUAUGAUAAAAUUGAAAUAGAAGGAAAUGAUUUUGUAAUAAAAAAUGACUACAAGCAUAAAUAAUAUGUAUUUAAGUAACUACAAUAAAAAUAAAACUCUCAUUCAAUAGCUAAGAGUUUAAAGAAGUACUCUACUUCAUUUUCUCCAUCCUCUGGUAAAUCUGUGCAAUGGACAGCAUUUUCGACUAUUGUUUUUCCAUAAAGAGCUCUUAUUGACCCUGGAUAUAAUUGACGACACAAAUCCUGAAAUCGGCAACAAAAUUACUUCAUGAUCCAAUAAAUUUAUCUA